AGAGCUGGACGGGGGUGGUGGUCGGACCUGCCGCUCCCGCGUGACAACCAAAAGCGCGCUCCGCGUCUCAAGAGCCGGUGCUGCUAGGCAUGAGCAGCAGCCUGCUGUGUGCUGAGCAGCCGAUGGAUACCUCCUGCAGGAUGGCGCAGAACGACGCGGUCAUCUUCCGCGACGACAGAGUGCUCGAGUCGCUGCUGCGCACCGAGCACUCCUACAUGCCGGGCGCCUGCUACUUCCAGCAGACGCAGAACGACAUCCAGCCGUACAUGAGGAAGAUGGUGACGUCCUGGAUGCUGGAGGUAUGCGAGGAGUUCGGCUGCGAGGACCAGAUCUUCCCGCUGGCCGUCAACUACAUGGACCGCUUCCUGGGCCAGCGGCGGAUCGCGCGCGGCCAGCUGCAGCUGCUGGCCGCCGUCUGCCUGCUGCUGGCCUCCAAGAUCCGGCAGUGCCGCGCGCUCAGCCUCCAGCAGCUUGUCUACCUCACCGACUACUCGGUCACCGAGCAGCAGCUCAAGGAAUUCGAGCUGGCCCUCCUACACCGGCUCAACUGGGACCUCAACUCGGUCACCAGCUUCGACUUCGUGGAGCAGCUGCUGGUCCGCCUCUCACUGAAGGCCAACGCGCGUUUGAUACGGCGCCACGCCCACACCUUCAUCGCGCUCUGCACAACAGAGGUGGAAUUCCUAGAGGCGCGGCCCUCGCUGGUGGCCGGCGCCAGCGUGUGCGCCGCCGUGGCCGGCAUGAAGCUGGCCGGAGCCGAGGAGAGCGUGCGGCAGGUGGCGGCGUGCCUGCGCCUCGACCUGGCCCAGCUGCGCCACGUCAUGCGCCGCAUCGAGGAGAUGGUGCAGUCGGAGAUGGCCAACGCCCAGGUGAACGCCGUGAACGCGUCGGCCAAGCACGCGGUGACGGCCGCCAGCAAGCAGCAACCGGCGCCGGCGGACGCCUGCUGCCAGCCGGAGACGCCCACCGACAUCCAGGACGUGCUCUUCUGAGCGCCGCCAGAGCCAUCUGGUGGCCGCGCGCCACACCAUCGUGCAAAUAUUGUUAUCCAUGUCUCAGAUCUGAAAACGGUCGCUGGCAGGAGAGGUGGAUCUCAUAGUUCUCCUUCAGCGCUCAGCCCAUCCAAAGCUGUGUUAUUGUUUAUGCUUGUGUGUUGAAUUUGUAAGAUACUCAGCAUUGAUACGUGUGUUGUCAGGUAGUGAUUGCCUUACUCUUGGUAGAAUCUGUGGCCUCACGAUAAUUCAGAAGGGGUUUUAUUUUAGUUAGCCUGAUUUUGCAAUAUGUUUAUUUGCCAGACUGUUAUUUUCAUGUAUUCGGCCAGUUAAGUCCACCUCGUCUACAAUUACGUCACCUCGUGAACCAAGUGGUGCUUUUAUGGGAAAUGCAGUGCAAACAUCUGUCGAGGCAUUCUACCCCAAGCUUUGGGAAUUUAUCUAGUCGACUCUGUUGAGCACAUUUGUAUAUAUCUCUGAAUGCACAUUUUUAAGUUUGUACAGGUGCGUAUUACCUAUGUAAAAGACGAUUUAAAAAUAAAUAUAUCUUAAAUUAUA